UUGAGGUUAUAUUAUGGCUACGGUCGACUUUGUAAAUAUAUUUGUAAAAAAGCGGGAUCCUACGUACUAACUGAACUAGUUCAACAGUGUUUUGUUCAAUGUUUUUUUGUUAUCAGUAAUAAUUGUUUGCCUACAUCAAGAGAUUUUUACUGUGUCGUUAAAAUGCUAGAAAAUUUAGGCAUUUUUUGCGCUCGACGCGAGGUCUACAAGCAAAAUUUCAAUAAUAUACUAAAGUUAAAGACAUUAACUCCAGAAAUUGAGACUGAAAUUCUGGAUUCUCUAUGUACAUUUCUAAUGAAUCCUGAAUACUCCAAAGAUGUAGCAGAGUGCUUCUCGCAGUCUUUACUUAGUUUAUUAACAAUGAGUACAACUAGAGAUCAAUCUCAUAAUUAUGAUGGCGAUCCGUUACAUAGAAUUAAUUGUGUCAUUAUAGGAAAACUAAUAUUGAUACAUCCUGAUGUAUUAAUUUUUGCGUUAGAUUAUUUUAAUAAAUAUCCAGCACCUUUUGAAAAAUUAUCCAAAGGUACUAAUGAACCUAGAAAAAUUAAAAGGCAAAUGAGUCAAUCAAGGCCUAGAAAAGUUUCAGACAGUGAAAUUGUUGAGGCUACAUAUAAUAUUUUACUAGCUUUUCCAGAAUAUUUCAAAUAUAAAUUUCAUUGGUCUAAAUUUUAUAAAUACUUAGGACACGAUGAUAUAAAACUUAAAUGGACUGCUAUAAAAUGUGUAGCUAUAGUAUUAGAAAUGUCUGAAUCGCAAAGAAAUAACUGUAUUAAAGCUUUAAUUAAUAACGCUGAUCAGUUCCAAUUUUUGAGUGAUGACCAAGAGAAUGUUAAAUCAAUGUUUGAUGUAAAACAAACAUUGUCAGAACCAGAGCAAUUUGAAAAUCACUGUUCAUCUGUGGUAUCAGUUGCUGGGGUUCUUUUACCUAUUUUUAAUAAAGACAUGACCAAAUCAGUCAAUGAUCUAGUACCUGUUCAAUCCAUGAAAGAAAAUCUUCGCAGUCUCGCUAUUGCAGUGGUAUCUAGAAAAUGUAUUUGUUUGCAAGGUCCAGUUGGAUGUGGAAAGACUGCAAUUAUAGAGUAUUUAGCUGAAAUUACUGGACAUGGACCAUCAGACUUUAUUAAAGUACAAUUGGGGGAUCAAACAGAUUCUAAAAUGCUUUUAGGAACUUACAAAUGUAGCGAUAUACCUGGAGAAUUUACUUGGCAACCAGGUGUAUUGACUCAGGCAGUGAUUGAUGGAAAGUGGCUAUUAUUAGAGGAUAUUGACAGCGCUGCGUUAGAUGUUGCUAGUAUUCUUGGCAAUUUAAUGGAAACUGGAACGUUAUCAGUACCUGGCUAUCGUGACACAAUUUAUGCCAAAAGUGGAUUUCAAUUAUUUUUUACCCAACGAUUAGUUCCAACUAGUUCUGGAUUUCAAAAAAAAUCAUGCAAUGCAGUAAGACUAUUAGAGAAACAUUGGUUUGUUGUGAACAUGGAACCUUUAUCUCAAGAAGAAUUGAUAACAGUUGUAAAAACAUUAUUUCCUGUACUGAGUACUUGCGCUAAAAAAAUUGUUGAAGUUUUCCUUUUAUUUUCAAUGGGAAAUCAUGAAAUCGAUAAAAGUGGAGAUAAUAAUUUGAAAACAAUUUUCAAAACUGGAAGGCUCAUUUCAACUAGAGAUUUGAAAAAAUGGUGUUUGAGAGCAUCAGCUGAUUUUGAAGUAUCAUCUAAUGAGUCUGCUUUGAAAUUACUUCAAGAUGCUAUAGAUAUUUUCUGUUGCUCACUUACAACUCAAGCUCAAAGAUUGAAAGUUGCUGUGGCCAUUGCUAAUAAACUAGGUAUAAUUGAAUAUCAGGCAAAGUAUUUCAUACUAACUCAUGCAGCUAAUCUAACUCCUUCACCAAAUGUUUUUCUUUUUGGAAGAGGAAAAAUCAAUAAGAAAGAAACUUCACUUUUAGCAAUCAAUCAGUCGAUCCCUAGAUAUUCGUUUACAAAACCAUCAGCUCGACUCAUAGAGCGUAUUGCUACAAGUAUAGCACAACGAGAACCAGUCUUACUUGUUGGAGAAACAGGUACUGGAAAAAAUAGCAGCAUUCAGUAUAUUGCCCAAAGUACAGGACAUAAAUUAUUGGUCAUUAACAUGAACCAACAAAGUGAAAGUUCUGAUUUGCUUGGAGGAUACAGACCAGUGGAUUUACGUGUUCUUAUUAUACCAAUUCGGCAAGAAUUUGAGGAUCUCUUUAGAUCAUAUUUUGCUACGGAACCAAAUCAGAAAUUCUUAUCUCAUAUUGAAACUUGUUUUGAAAAAGCACAAUGGAACAAUCUUGUAAUACUGAUGAAACAUAGUACAGAUGCAGCUUUAAGACGAUUAAAAAAUACUAUCAAUGGUUCUGCCAACAAUCAUGGAAUGAUUACUGAAACAAAAUGUGAUCCUAGUCAUACAACACUCAUGAAAUGGCUGAAACUCUCGUCAAAAUUAGAUAAACUAUUAUCUCAAGUUAAUUCUAAGCACUCUAUUGCCUUAUCAUUCAUUGAAGGCUGUCUCGUCAAAGCUCUAAAAGAAGGCUAUUGGAUACUUCUUGAUGAAAUAAAUUUGGCUAACGCCGACACAUUAGAGUGUUUAUCUGGUCUACUAGAAGGAGCUUGUGGUUCUCUAUCAUUAUUAGAACGUGGCGAUCGAGAACCGAUCAAACGUCACCCGGACUUUACUAUUUUUGCUUGCAUGAAUCCUGCUACCGAUGUGGGAAAGAAGGAACUACCCGUUGGCCUACGCAAUCGUUUUACCGAAUUCUAUGUGGACGAGCUCGAAGAAAGCUCCGACCUUCUAUUACUAGUAAAUGAUUACCUGAACGAGCUGCACUUACCAAUCAACAAGCAUACAGCUAUCGUCAAAUUUUAUCAGAGCGUAAGAAGUGAAGCUACACAUUAUUUGUUCGACGGCACGGCUCACAAGCCUGUGUACAGUUUGAGAACUUUGUGCAGAGCACUGAGCGUGGCAGCAGCUAAUCCAUGCAUUACCGUGCUCAGAUCGCUCUAUGAAGCUUUGUGCUUGAGCUUCCUCACGCAACUCGAUCACAAAUCUUAUCCCAUUGUUAAAAAAAUGAUCGACGACGCUAUCUUGGAUAAAAAAUCUGCCAAAGCUGUUGUUGCUGUACCCAUUCCAAAACCUCAGUCAAUAUCUGGGGAAAAGUAUCUAAACAUCGAAGGUUAUUGGAUAGUUCAAGGAAGUAACGAACCAGAACUGCUACCCUCUCAAAACUACGUUUUAACACCGUCCGUUCUGCGUAAUUUUAAAGAUGUCGUACGAGUUGUGUCCAUUGGAAAAAUGCCACUUCUUAUUCAAGGCGACACUUCGGUUGGUAAAACCAGUUUAAUCACUUACUUAGCCAGGGCCACGGGUCACGUUUGUCUGCGCAUCAACAAUCACGAGCAUACCGAUCUUCAAGAGUACGUUGGAAGCUACGUCGCCGACAAAUCAGGCCGACUGAUUUUCCAAGAAGGCAUACUCAUCAAGGCCAUGAGAAAAGGUUACUGGAUCAUCCUGGAUGAAUUAAAUUUGGCUCCCAGUGACGUUCUUGAAGCUCUCAACAGGUUACUCGAUGAUAAUAGAGAAUUAUUUAUCUCAGAAACCCAAGAAACCGUGAAAGCUCACGAAAACUUUAUGCUGUUUGCAACUCAGAAUCCACCCGGUCAUUACGGCGGCCGCAAAGUCCUCUCGAGGGCCUUCCGCAAUCGCUUCGUUGAGCUUCAUUUCGACGAGAUACCGACCACGGAGCUUCAGACCAUUUUGCAUCAGAGGUGCGCCAUACCCGAGUCUUAUUGCAAGCAAAUCAUCGCUGUAAUGCAGGAGCUUCAGGUAAAACGCAAGAACACCGCGACUUUUGCCGGCAAGCGGGGCUUCAUUACUCUCCGAGACCUAUUUCGCUGGGCCGAGCGAUACCGGCAAGCUCCUCACGUCACGGGAUUGUACGAUUGGAACCAACAUUUGGCCGACGAAGGCUAUCUCGUUCUCGCGGCUAAAGUACGAAAAUCUGAAGAAGCUCAGGAAAUUAGGGAAAUCAUUAAAAAGCAUUUGAAGCGUGACGUUAAUCCCGAUGAUUUGUUCACUCUUCACGAGAAGACGUCGUUCGUAACGAGAUCUAUAUUAGAAGAAAUAGAAAAGACCAAAACAGCGUCGUUCAAAAACGUGGUCUGGACUUACCACAUGCGCAGAAUGGCCGUACUCGUUCGAAAAGCCUAUCAGUUCAAGGAACCCGUUUUAUUAGUUGGCGAAACGGGAGGAGGAAAAACUACCGUUUGCCAAAUAAUCGCUCACAUGAGCGGACGCAAAUUGUACACGGUCAAUUGUCACAUGCACACGGAAUCGUCGGAUUUCCUUGGCAACUUGCGUCCCGUGAGGGGCCACAACGACGACGAUAGAUUGUUCGAUUGGGUCGACGGACCUCUGGUCCAAGCCAUGCAGAGCGGAAACUUUUUCCUCGCUGACGAAAUUUCUCUCGCGGACGACGGUGUUUUGGAGAGAUUAAACUCGCUACUGGAACCCGAGCGCAGUCUUUUGUUGGCCGAGAAGGGGAUAAGUUUCGACUGUACGAACGAGUCGGAAAAUUUCAUCGUAGCUAAUGAUAAAUUCUUUUUCCUCGGUACGAUGAAUCCGGGCGGAGAUUAUGGCAAAAAAGAGCUAUCUCCUGCCUUGAGAAAUCGUUUCACCGAGAUUUGGUGCGAUGGAUGUCACGACCGGCAGGAUCUCAAGGCUAUAAUGGCACACAAUCUCAGCGAGAAGAUCGAGGAUAAAGAUAAUUUGACCGACUGCAUAUUGAAUUUCGCAGAGUGGUUAGCUACGACGGAUGUUGGAAAGAAAUUUUCUGUUAGUAUCAGAGAUUUACUUACUUGGACGAAAUUUGUCAACGCUUGUGUGGAGAAAGAGAGAGGCAAGAGAAAACUCACUUUGAAGGAUGCCUAUUUUCAUGGCGCUUGCUUGACGUUCAUUGACAGUUUAGGCUCAGGAAUGAAUAACAUGCUGAGCGUCAAAACCCUGAAGACCUUCGAAAAUAAUGCUUUCGAUUUUAUAAAAUUGCAAAUAGACAAAUUAGUCGAAUCAACUUCAGAAACUUCAGUAGAUAUCGAUUCUGCGGAGACAAAUCACGAUGGCCUCUAUGGGAUAUCACCGUUUUACAUUGAAAGAGGCGAACUCAGCUCCGAGGAGAGCAUUACGUCGUUCACCUUCCAAGCACCGACGACGCAGCAAAAUUGUACAAAGCUCUUGAGAGCUUUACAGUUGUCGAAGCCAAUUUUGCUCGAGGGCAGCCCCGGAGUUGGCAAAACUAGUUUGGUAUCUGCUCUUGCUCAGGCUUCGGGACAUAGCUGCUUGCGCAUCAACUUGAGCGAUCAAACCGAUAUAUCGGACUUAUUUGGUGCCGAUCUGCCAGUCGAAGGCGGCAAAGCCGGCGAAUUUUCAUGGAAAGACGGACCCUUUUUGAGAGCUCUGAAGGCAGGCCAAUGGAUUCUCUUAGAAGAAAUGAAUCUAGCUUCGCAGUCAGUUUUGGAAGGUCUGAAUGCUUGCUUCGAUCACCGAGGACAAAUUUACAUACCGGAGCUAGGAAAAACAUUCAAUGUCAGGUCAGAAACUAAAUUAUUUGCCUGUCAGAAUCCUUUGCGUCAAGGUGGCGGUCGUCGUGGUUUGCCAAAGUCAUUUUUAAAUCGUUUUACCCAAAUUUUCGUUGAUGCUUUAUCCAACGAUGAUCUGAAGUUUAUUGCAUCAUCGCAAUAUCCGAAAAUCGAUUCCAUGAUAGUUGAGAAAAUGACUGAAUUUAAUUUGCGUAUGGCUCGCGAAGCCGGUGUUAACUGGGGAAUUUAUGGAGCUCCGUGGGAAAUGAAUCUGAGAGACAUAUGCAGAUGGUGUGAAGCAACGAUUGAAACUGCAUAUAUUAACACAGAAGGAUCGGUCGUUUGCAACCCGGGAAAUGCGGUUGAACUAAUUUAUGUCGAUAGAAUGAGAACAAGGCAAGAUAAAGACAAGGCUAAACAAAUAUAUGAAGAAAUAUUUGACAUAAAUGUCUAUCCACUAUUACCACCGGUAACUGUGCAUAUGAGCGAAGAAAAAGUUUAUUUUGGAUCGAUAGCUGUUGAGCGUACUGAUUCUUCCUAUUGCACUGAUUCAAAUUUUUUAUUGCUUAGAAAUCAAAUGUCUACUUUGCAAAGUCUCGCUCUGUGCGUUAAAAUGAAUUGGGUGUCUAUACUUGUUGGAAGCUCUGGAAGUGGUAAAAGUAGUGUUGUACGCGUACUCGCUCAAAUGGCUGGUCAGAAACUGAAGUCAAUAGUAGUCAAUUCAGAUAUGGACAAUUCAGAAAUAUUAGGCGGUUUUGAACAAACCGAUUAUAAUCGACACUUGGAAUACUUAAUUGAGCAAACAGAGACUUUACUGAUCAAACAUUUAAAAACAAAAGUUCAGAAAGAAAACAUUGGCCAAAUUGAAAAGUACCAUAGUUUGAUUGAACAUGUUCGCAGCUUCUUAGACGAUGAAUGCAAAUUGCUCACCACGUCUGCAGCAACGGAACAAUUCAUUCGUAGAAUAGACGGAUUAUCGAUGUUGCUCGCUGAAAUGAAGCGAGAAAAAUUACUUUUGACAGAAAUACGAGCUAUCAGAGUACAACUGCGACAGCUCAAAUCAUGCGUAGAAGAAGAUCAAUGUCUCAACGCCGGUGGUAAAUUCGAAUGGGUCGACAGUGUUUUAGUGAAGUGUCUAAAAGAAGGAACAUGGCUGCUGAUAGAUCAAGUCAAUUUAUGCAGUCCUGCAGUAUUGGACAGGCUUAACGGAUUGUUAGAACCCAACGGAGUACUCAGUAUCGGAGAACGAGGUAUUGGCAGUGAUGGCAACAUCGUAACCGUUAAACCUCAUGAAAAUUUCCGGUUAUUCUUUGCUAUGGAUCCGAAGCACGGAGAAAUUUCAAGGGCUAUGCGCAACAGGGGCGUUGAAAUUUUCUUGUUGCCCAAUCAAGAAAGCCCUGAUACCGUCGACCUCGACUACCGUUCGCUUUUGCAUCAAACCGGACUUACCAAACGCAACCAUCAAGAAGCUCUGAUGAUGCUGCAUAAACGCAUGUGCGAAGAUAUAUCGAACUGCGAUAAUCUGAACGUUAUCCAACUGUUGCAUACCGCUUUUUUGGUGGUGCAACAACUCAGACGUGCUUUCCCAGUUGUCCAGGCAUUCGAGAGCUCUUGCAAGGACGUUUAUAUACGCGCCAGGUCGAUCUUCGAUCAUGAAACGCGCUUGCGUCUCAUUGCAAUCAUCGUAGAUACUAUUUGUGAGUACGAGGUCGGCACUGCAAGUGACUACGUUUUCGAUAUGAAUGUAGCUACAUGUAAUUUGGAUAGCUUGUAUGAGAAUUCAAAACUUUCUAUUAUCAAACAUCAUGGCUUUCUUCUGGAUUGGUGCGUCCGAGAGUACUUGCGUGUGUCAAAAGAACACCCAGAAAGUUUAGUAAAUCUGAAAACUGAAUUUUUCAACAACUUUUUUUCUUACGAUGUCGAAUCAACGAGUACUGGUCUAAUGGAAAUUGUACCUUAUAUUUUACUCAAUUUUUACGAAUACUCUACUAUGGCCGAUGUAGAGCAGAGAAAAAAAUGGGCUUCUAGUUUAUUCGAAAGAUGUUCUGGUAUGAAAUACUUUGGUAUUAAAAGUGAAAUUCUUGCCACUGAUGUUUCAAGAUACGAGUUAGACAGCAAUUUGGACAUUAAUUUACCCUGGGACAAUAAACUAUUUAAAAGAGCUAAUAAUAUGGCCCUCAUACUGUUCUUUGAUAUGCUGAUUGCCGAUCACGAUACCAGAGCCAAUUUGACGAUCAAAGAAUCGGACGAAUUCAUAACUGUUGCUCAAUUUUCUGAAGCUACUCGCAUGGGUGAAACAACGUUCCAAUUACAUGACCAAUUAUUAAUAUCAAAAUAUGGAACGAUUUUACAUCAGUUUAAACGAUGCAUCAAUGGCAUGAUAAAAAGUACAAAAACCGUCCUAGAUAAUACCAAGUAUGUCCUUCUUCGUCAGAAAUUACAAUCGUAUAGAAGAUUUUGUAAUUUAGGAGAUAAGAACCUGAUGAAAAAAACGGACCUUAUGAAUAUAUCUGAUGUAAAUAUGGAUGAAAUUGCUUUGUUGCUGAAAGUUCAUUUCAAAUGGUUAAAAAAAUGUGUGUUUUUCCUUAACGAAAUUUACGAAGAUAGAUCUUCCAAUCCGAAGUACAAAAAAGAUUUUAAACAGUUGAAAGAAAGUAUUCAUCAAGUGGAAAAGGAAUCAGCGACAGUGUACGAUCCAUUCCGAAAAGUUUGCAAACUAUACAAAAAGCAAAUAGUUUCUUCGUUAGCUUGCUCAUUUAAUACAGCAUUAAACGUGUAUUCUCAGCUUAAAUAUGUUACAGAAUCUUUUUCACCGUCAAAAAACAAAUACUUCAGUGGUCCAUUAUCAGAAGAAUCUAAAUUCAUUACCCUUCAAACUGAAGAAGCAUUGAAAAUAAGAUCAGAAUUGAUUCAUCUUUGGCAUAAAUUUUACAUCAACGAAGAAUUCGAAGAAGAUGUUUUGGAAAAAUUGUUCAAAAUCGGUCAUUACUGUGAUGAGCACUUCAAUAUUUCUACUUUUUCUGAUGAUAAAUUAUCAAGUGUUUUAAAAACGAAUUCUUCUAAAGACUUGAUCAAAUGGACAGCCAAAAUUCAACUUUGGCCUAUUCAUGAGUAUAUGCUAAAUUUAUACAUUGGGAUGGUUCAAACACAAUUGUUUAAGAAGUUUAUCAGCGAAGAAAACGAUUAUAGUCUACCAUUCUUCAACUUGUCAGAUCAUGAAAUAGAACUUUCAAAUGUUCCGACCGAACUUUUAGCAAUAUUAAAAGCCAUACAGACGAAAAAAGAUUUGCCUGAAGAAAGAAAUCGGCUAAUAUUCGCACUUUCUAUUUGGUUCACGAAAUUCAGUGAAAAUUCGUAUGCUACAAAAUACUACAAAGAAAUAACUCAUUGGCAAGCUAAGUGUACUGAACUUCAAAUCAAAUCUCCCGUCGAACGAGAAGAAAUGAGCUUGGAAAAUCCCGUUAGUGGUCCCGUAUUAAUAAAUCUAGUCACCGAAAUUCUUUUAAAUAAAAAUCAAAUAGAUCAUCGUAGUCACGGAUCGUUGAACUUUGAAGCCAAUCUUGGAAGGUAUCAAGCUUGUUUGCAUCAACUACAAACAGUAAACGAUAUGCUAUGGGCAAAUAGUGUGUCGAUAAAUUCGCAACGCUUUGAUUUCAUUGCAAAUGAUGUCGAGACAUUGCGUUUGUUGGUCAGUAACUUUUUAUCGGCUAGCGAGCAAAUCGACACCGAUACUUUAUUUAAAAAACAUCUUAAAAGUGAUAAAUCUGGGUCAAAACCUAUUAUCGAAGACGAGUACUUGAAACCUUUAGAAGAACUUAGAAAAAUUUCCAAAACUUUGGAACAGGAUACAAGUAAUCCAGUUAGGGGUAAAGCUUGGACUUUAUUAGGCUUCUUGCAAACUUUUGUUUUUGGUAAUAUUGGCUACAUCGAUCCAGUAUAUAAAGUAAUGAUCAAAUUGGGCUACGUUGAUGACGAAAUAUCUGAUUCCAAAAGUACCCUGUAUGUUGCCAAGCUAUACUCGAAAAUUUUAGGAUUGGCUGAUUCUGCAAAACAUCAUCCAAGACUUGUAGAAAUUGAACGCAAUCUACAAACAUUGAAAAUUGAGAAAGAAUCAUUACAGAGUCGGCAGUCAGUCAGACCCUCGAAUUCCGAGUUUACCGCUUUAUCAAAAGAGUUUUCUAACUUCCGACAAUCUCUUGGUUCAUUUUCUGUUAUUGAUAAACAUAUAAAACAAUUAAGCGAAACAAUAUCACAACUUGAAUUCCAGGGAGAUUUGAAAUUCUUGGACAAUGCAAAAUCGACCAAUCGGGCAGCUGAAAUCUGGCUAGCAUCGUUACGUGGCUUUAUGAACAAAGUAGAAGAACAAUUUUUACUCGGUUAUCCCGAUAUGGUUUAUCCUGUAAUUACCGGUCUUGCACGAAUUCAUCAUGGCAUACGAAUACUCAUUGAAGAAAGCAAUCGUUUGAUAUCUGCGUCUGAAACAAAUCUUGGCGCGGAAAAACUUGAAUCUCUCUUAUGCAAUUUAGUUCGUUUUCCUACUUUUGGUUCUAGUCAAGAAAACUUUUUGGAGCUCGUAAAUUUGUGCACUUCGCGAGAAAGUCGCGAGCUUGUAUUAUUCAGCGUUAUGCCUGAUAAUAAGCUUCUAGCUGUGCGUGAACAGUUUCGUCUCACCAUGUCCGGGUUGUAUGAAAUUCAAAAUUACAUUGUUCUCAAAGGAACGUUGACUAAAAAAACAUGGGUUGAAUUGAACGAACUAUUGAAUCAAAUCGUUGCAACAUGGCGUCAACAAAAAGCAGAAACAGAAAAGCACGAAGAUGAAAAUAUAAUGGCAGAAAUAUCGGACGAAGAAGAACAAAUCGAUCGGGAACUUAAAAUUCUAUUUCCCACUUAUCGUGAUGAUUUGGCAGAUAUUGACGAAACUUUUACACCUGCUUUAGAAAAAAGUGUUUCGCCGAAUAAAGAAAAUAACUAUGUUACUCUCCUUACUGAUACUGAUAUUCAAAAGGUUCACGAGAUACAUUCAAAUAUCGUGAACUUUUAUAUUACCUCGGAAUGGUUAAUGAGGAAAUCAUCCCAAUUAGCAGUUCACUACGAAAAACCACUUCUUCAACGCUAUAGUACAUUUGCAAUAAUCUCAAAUAAAAUUUCUCCAGCUUUGAGCAACAAUCUUACAGAAAAUUUAUAUACUAGCAUUAAUCUACUAGCUUCAUUUGCUAGACGCUUAAACCGAGGAGAAGUUUUAAACCCACUUAAUAACGUAAAAUCGUCGAAGCCGUAUGAUUAUUACAGAGACAGUAAUGUAAAAGAAAUUGAAAAUUGCAUUCCUCUCCUCGAGAAUAUCACCAAUAAAGUUUCGGAUUUAUUAAAUGAAUGGUCUCAACAUUCAACUUUAAAGUCAAUUAAGGUAGUGCUUGAAAAAAUUUACUCAUUUCCUGUUACGUCUGCGGUAUCCAAAUUUUUGACUGGCUUUGAAUUGCUUCUUGUGAAAAUGCAUGAAUGGGAGGAAAAUGCACCCCACGAUGCAUCAUUAAGCGAGUUCAUAUUUGCACUGAUAAGGCAAAUAAAAGAGUUACGAAAACUUGAACUUGCUUGCUGGAAGGAUUGCCUAGUAGCCACUGAAACAAAAUUGCAAGAAAAUGCUUCUAAAAAUUGGUUCUUUUUAUAUUCCCUGACCGACAGUUACAUCAAAAAAGAAAAAUUGAAAGGCGAGGAGGAACCUAUCACAUCUGUCAAAUUAAUUAAAUCAUUAGAACUUUUCAUGAAAGAAUCGCCUCUGGUCGAAUUUAAAGCGCGGUUACAACUACUUAUGACAUUCCAUCAUCAUGCUUACUUCGCGAAAACCUGUACCGAAAGGGAUGAAUUGCUUGCUAUCACGUGGAACGUCCACAAUUAUUACUCGCAAUUUUCAUUAGGCAUUCAAAAGAGAUUAAAUGCUGUAAAAGCACCUAUUGAAAAUAAACUAGAAGCUUUUCUUAAUAUUGCUCGAUGGAAUGAUAAAAGCUAUUGGGAAGUCAAAGAAAAAGUUAAGGAAACUCAUCGUACUUUAUACAAAUACAUCAAAGAAUAUGAAACUAAUUUGAAAGAUCCAGUGACACCUUAUCUUAUAGUGAAGCCAAUUUCUGAAGGUGACGAGGGUACGUUUGAUCGUUUAUAUCUACAUGAUAAUGAUCACAUUACGUCAGUUGAUCCCAAAGAAUUCACCGUUUCAAUCCCUGCUCAUUCUUUCAAUGCUCCAACAGUACAAAGUGAUUUGAUUACCAGAGCAGAAAAUCACUACUUGACUCGGGCUACAAAGCUUUGCGAAAAAAUUAUUUCUUCUUCCUCGUAUUAUAGUUUACGUAUGGAAUUUGAAGAAUUUAUCAAAGAAAAAGUAGGUAGUAGCAUAGAAUUACGAGAACUAAAAAUUGGUAAAAGAGUGCCUUUGUCGGUAAAAAAACGGAAAGCUAAGUCUAUCUUGCAACGAAAAAAAUCAGCUCUUUCUGAUUACUUUGAAGAUAUCAAGAGUUUUGGAGUAUCGAAUGUGAAUGUGAACAGUGAGUCAGAAGGGCUCGACUUUACCAUACCACCAUUAGAACUUGAAGCUGCUCUGAAAAAUACGCUUGAAUUUGGGAAACUCGAUGAAAAAACAAUAAACCAAUGGAUAGGAUGCGAAAAAUACUAUUAUGGCUCUCUUAGCAAACUGAAUGCUUUGAUUCAAUCGCUUUCAACAAACGCAACAGAUUUAGGAGUAAAUAAUAUAGAAUUGUGCAAAGGAUUCUCUGCCCACCUCAUGCUUUUAGCCAAUGAACAGAAGAAAAAUCUGGCCACUGUUCUCAAAUACUUCAUUAGUCUUCGAUCGCAAAUCAAUGAUUUGACUUUCAUAAAUCCUGAUGACAAUACCGCCACGAAACAAAAAGAUAUUCGAAAUAGCGCCAACAACUUACGCGAGUUACUUAUAACUAUUCGAGCUAGUUUAGAUCAACUUUUGGUCUAUCUGCAUGCUUGCCCGGAACAAUCGAAUUCAAGAGACGUCAGUAGCAUUUACACUUUAUCAUCUCAUGAACUACCUUUUGAAGAGUGUAAAAAAGGAGACGCUACAUGGAAAAAAGCCAGUAGUUACAUUACAGAGUGCUCAGACAUUGUUUCGAGCUUAGCUGAAGAGUUCAAUAAAUUAUUUCCAGAAAUGUAUAUCUUAUGUGGUGAAAAUAAUGAAAUGGAAGACCAAGUAAAUAUAAUCAAUUCUAGACAUUUCGGAUUCUUGAAAAACAGUUUUGAGAGCUUGAAAACUGUCAGAGAUAAAAUAAUCGAAUUUUCAAAUAUGUUUAUUACAAAUGAUGGUUCGUACCAUCCAUUACUUAAUAAUAUUAAAUUUUUGGAAGAUAGUAUUGGCGACAAAAUCAAAGAAUUCGAUAAUCUGGUCACAGCUUUGAACAAACCACUGGAAUCGGAGGACACGUGGAGUACCGAUAGUUUAGAUCAAUAUGAAAUUGAAUUAGAAAAACUAGUCAAUAUGAUUUUGAUUGUCAUUCAAAAUAAAUACAAAAAUAUAGUAGGAGCGAUAUCUGAGAAAAACGGAGAUAAUGCAAACAGUAAAGUUGAUGGAAAAUUAAGGGACAAAUUAAUAAAGUCCAUAGAAAUAGAUAUCAAAGCAUUAAAACUGAAAGACAUUCAUCAAAGUUUAAACAGUUUAUUAAAAACGACGUUCAAUGUCGAUCAGAGGAGUAUUCUCAGUUACACGAGGCUUCUUCAAAAAUGCUUACCACUGUUCCAACAGUAUCUUUUGCUCGCUCAAUUUUAUAUUAACGAACAAACAGCUUCGUUACGAUUGACGUGUAAAAUUUUACACUUGCAACUCAACGUUUUUUUAGAUCUUGCCAACAACGGAUUUUGUAUUCCAGAUGAUUUAGAUCUUACAUCGAGUGACGAAGGUGAACAGGAAAAAGAAAACGAGAAUGGUAUGAAUCUCGGUGAUGGCGAAGGUCAGAGAGAUGUUUCUGAUCAAGUAGAAAAUGAAAAUCAAUUGGAAGAAGCAACAUUGGUCGGUCAAGAAGGAAAAAAAUUAGAUGAUGAAGAUAGUACUGAAAAGAAUGAAGGAAUCGAACGUUCUGAAAAUGUUGAGGAAAAAUCACAAGACGUGAAUAAAAAAGAUGACGAUAAGGAAGAAGAUGAAGCUUCAGAUUUAGAUAAGCAAACGGAUGAGAUCGAGGAUGUAACUGACAAGCUCGACGAACAAAUUUGGGGUGAAGAUGAGGAAAAACUUGAAGAAAUCGGUAAUGGAGAACAGUCAAAUACUGAGUCUCAGCAAGAUUCUCAUGGUCAAAGUGAAGAAAUAGAAGCGUCUGAAAGAGACCAACAACAAGGAAUAAAUGAAAUGAAGGAACCGCAGUACGACGAAGAUCAAGUGAAUCCUUCUCAUGGGCAAAUGGAAGCUCCAACCGAACCAGAAGGACUUAAUUUACCCGAAAAUAUAAAUAUCGAUGAGACAGAAAUGAGAGACGAUGAACCAAUGAACGAAGAAAAUCCUUUCGACUUAGACAAAAUGAGAGGAGAUAUGGUUUCUCAUGAGCCGGACAUUUUUGAGACUACGGAAGAAGUGGUUGAUUAUGAAGUUGAGUCAGAAAAGUAUUAUUCGGGUGAUGAUAAACAUGAUCCGGAAAAAUCUUCGGAUAAUUUUGAUAAUCACGAAGUAAUUACCAUCGAUGAAGACCAGAAUAUGACAGAUGCUGAAGUAACUCCAUCUUCGCAAAAAGUUGAAAAAGAAGAAGAAAAUGGUGAACCAGAGUCAAAAAAUAAAGACGAGGAUGAAAAUCAAGAAGACAAAUCUUUACCGCAUAGUGGCGAAGCAGCUCAAGGACUACCGGAAGGUAGUUUACGAGAUACAAUUUCUAAAGAAUCGAUCGAUAAUCUCGAGUUUAAUUCGGAAUCUAAUUCUGAAAAUUGGCAAGAUGUAAAGGACAUAUUAAAUAAUCACACACUAACAGAUCAGGCUGAUGCCGAAAAGAAAAGAAAAAAUAUGAGUGAAAGCGAUGAAGACUACGAGUUAACCGAAAGCAAUGAGCCUAAACAGAAAAAAAUAAAAAACAUAGUUAAUGCUCGAAAUGAAUCAGCUGAAGAUGUGAUAGGAGUAAGUGAAUCCGAUUGCUAUGAAGUAGAUAAUGCAGUGGAAAAACUGUUAAAAGAAAAAGUUUCUAAUAUUGAAAGAGAAGAAAGAUCGUCUAAAAAACAACAUGAGGAAGCGAUGGAUGUCGACGUGUAUGAAGAUGAAAAAAUCGAACCAAUGGACGAUGAUUUUUCUGUCAAAGAUAAUCUAGAAAAAGUUGAUAACGAAAAAAAAGCUAAUGAUAGUCAGCUUGAAACGCCAGCUGAGGUUGAUAUUCAAGGUGAAGUUACUGAAACCACGAAAGUUUCGCGAGGCGAUGAAGUAAAUUUCUUUAUCAAUAACAUUACGUUCGAACCGGAAACCAUAUCGUCUGAACAAAUUGAAUCUCGAAGAGUAGAAGUUGAAAAAACUCUCAGCCAAUGGGUUCAGAAACCAUCAACAGCCGAAGCAUUGGCAGCUUGGAAUGAUGUCAGUGCAGUGACACAUAUUGGUGCCUGUGAUCUGGCAGAAAAACUCAGGCUAGUCUUGGAACCUUCCCAAGCGACUAGUCUAAAGGGCGAUUAUCGUACAGGUAGACGUAUUAAUAUGCGAAAAAUUAUUCCGUACAUCGCUAGUCAAUUUCGUAAAGAUAAAAUUUGGCUACGUCGUACUAAACCAUUCAAACGCAACUAUCAAAUUGUAUUAGCCAUAGACGAUUCCAGUAGUAUGGUAGACAAUCAUUCCAAGGUAUUGGCAUAUGAGUCUGUUUCACUUAUAAGCAAAGCUCUGACUCAUUUGGAAGCUGGAGAACUGAGUAUAAUAAGCUUUGGAGAAGAGACAAAUAUAUUGCAUCAACUUGGUGAUACAUUCACUGAACACAGUGGUGCUAGAUUGAUGCAAGAAAUGAGAUUUGAGCAAAAGCAAACCUUGAUUGCAAAAAUGCUCGAUUUUACAGUAGAUAUGUUCGAGAGUCAUAGUAGCUCCUUGGAUAAUGCCAAAUUGCUAGUCAUAAUAUCAGAUGGACGAGGCGUAUUUUCGGAUGGAAUCCAAAGAAUUAAAUGUGCUAUUCGAAGAGCUAGAUUGGCAGAUAUUUUCUUAGUUUUUAUUAUUGUAGAUAGUCCCAUGAACAAGGAAUCCAUUUUUGAUAUUAAGAUGCCUGUUUUCAAAGAUGGUAGAUUAGCAGCAAUGAACCCCUACAUGGACAGUUUUCCAUUCCCAUUUUACAUGAUUUUGAAGGACAUAAAUACUUUGCCUGAAGUUUUAAGUGAUGCUUUGAGGCAAUGGUUUGAGAUUGUGGGAAUAAAUCACUCGUAAAUUGUAUCAUAAAACAUAAAAAUCAAUUUAUUGCAUGUUUAGUAUGUAUGUUUCUUAAAAUAAUUGAAUGAAUCGUUUAACCAAUGAAUUUAUACAUUUAUAAUUGUAAAUAAAGUUGAAUUUUUGGUCAUAUUUCAAGAAUGAUAUAAUUGAGAUCUAGGAUUUUAUCAUUUUUAUGCAUUUUGUCAUUAAUGUUACCCAAACCUACACUUUAUUGUGUUUAAUUUAAGCCUGAAAAUGAAAAACUUGUUAUCAUU